AAAAAAAAAGAGAGAUGAGAUGACCAAACACGUUUUUAAUCGUAAGUUUCUCUAUCUCCGAUGACGCAAAACGAGGAAGAAAAAAAAGACAUUAUAAGUAAGAACAGAACAGCUUCACCAUGUUCCAAAAACUAAAAGCACUAAAUCUCGGAUCCCCUUUCCUUUAAAGUUCGAUAUCUUUCUCUGUUUUGUUGUGUCUUUGAACGCUCAAUUUGUAUAACUCUCUCUCUCCCGGUCCGGGGUCUUCUUCAUAGAGAGAUCAUCAUAUAGAGAAAGCAUGACUACGUUAGAUUUGUCGAGAGCCGAGCUUGCUCUUAUAGUCCUCUAUUUGAACAAAGCUGAAGCUAGAGAUAAGAUAUGCAGAGCUAUACAGUAUGGUUCCAAAUUCUUGAGUGGUGGGCAACCUGGUACUGCUCAAACUGUUGACAAAAACACCAGCUUGGCUAGAAAAGUUUUCCGUCUUUUCAAGUUUGUCAAUGAUUUUCACGGUCUUAUCAGUCCUGUGCCUAAAGGAACUCCGCUUCCUCUUGUCUUACUUGGGAAGUCCAAGAAUGCACUGGUGUCGACCUUCUUGUUUCUUGAUCAAAUCGUCUGGCUUGGUAGAUCAGGCAUAUAUAAGAACAAAGAACGAGUCGAAUUGCUUGGACGUAUAUCACUUUUCUGUUGGCUUGGAUCAUCAGUUUGUACAACUGCAGUCGAGAUCAGUGAGCUUGGAAGGCUCUCUUCAUCUAUGAAGAAGAUGGAAAAGGAACUCAAAGAUGAUGAAAAGCAUCAUGAUGAACUGUAUCGUGCUAAGCUUCAGAAAUCAAAAGACAGAACUCUAGCAUUGAUCAAAUCAAGCAUGGACUUUGUUGUAGCCAUUGGUUUGCUUCAGUUAGCUCCGAAGACGAUUACUCCUCGUGUCACUGGCGCUUUAGGGUUUACCACCUCGCUUAUCUCUUGUUAUCAGUUGCUUCCGUCACGCCCCAAGUUCAAGACACCUUGAAGCAAGAAGAAGCUUGUUCUCUAGGCCUUCAGAAUAAUUGUUUCAUAUUUAUUUUGUAAACCUGCUGUGUUCUGGUAAUAUCAGGCUGUUGUUCCUUUCAAUGAAUUUGCUUUGCAAGAAUAAUGAUAACUCUUAAAAUAAGAUUGAGUAUGAUACUUCUUCAAGA